AUGCCUGCAAUACUUGCAGCGUUUAUAAUCUUCCUGGUCAGGCUGCGGUCAGUGACGGCCUGGUCUGGCAGCGUCACCUUUUAUAAUAAUCGUUGGCACGACAAAAGUGGCGGCACAUACAAGUAUGUCAUCGACGACUCGCAGCAGUGCAUCAACCUCAGCUGCUACAAUGACCGCGCUACGUCUGCCAAAUGGAGUGGUUUGGUGAAGUGGGGUGCCUUCGACGACAAGUCUCGCAUCGCGUUCUACACCGGUAAAAACUGUACCGGCACGGUACGCCACUGGGAGAUCGAGGACCCUGGUUACUUUCCAGGCAACUUCUUCCUGGACGGCAUCGACGACGACAUCACUUCGUUCAUGAUCUGGCAGUUUAGCAAGGAGGCAAAGUCGUAUACGCUGCCGUGUCCUUGGGACUUCAAGUGCUGCUUGGGGUGA